CCAAUCACUCACCAUCUCAUCUCCUUAAAUAUUCCUUACUCUUACACCUUACCUCUCAAUUCUAAUACAAUUAUUUUCAUUUGUGGGUAAUCUUCAUUGAUUACUUCCUCAUCAUCGAUAAAAAAACAGCUAAAGUUAUGGGUUUGAAGGGAUUCGCAGAAGGAGGAGCGGCUUCGAUAGUAGCCGGAUGCAGCACUCACCCACUUGAUCUGAUAAAGGUGAGGAUGCAGCUUCAGGGAGAGGCCAUCGCCACCGCCGCCCCCAUUCAUCAAUCUCUAUCCGCCCUCCAACCACCUCGUGUGGGCCCCAUCUCCGUCGGUCUUAGUAUCAUCAAGCACGACGGCGCCAAGGGUCUCUUCUCCGGCGUCUCCGCCACCGUCCUCCGCCAGACCCUCUACUCCACCACCCGAAUGGGCCUCUACGAAAUCCUCAAGACCAAAUGGACCGAUCCCGACACCAACACCCUCCCCCUCGCCAGAAAAAUCGCCGCCGGACUCAUCGCCGGCGGCGUCGGCGCCGCCGUCGGGAACCCCGCCGACGUGGCCAUGGUCCAGAUGCAGGCCGACGGCCGCCUCCCUCUGUCACAGCGGCGCAACUACAAGAGCGUGGUAGAUGCCAUUUCACAGAUGUCGAAAAACGAGGGGAUUGGUAGCCUGUGGCGCGGGUCGUCCCUCACGGUGAACCGCGCCAUGGUGGUCACCGCGUCCCAGCUGGCGUCGUACGACCAGUUCAAGGAGAUGAUUUUGGAGAGGAAUUUGAUGCGGGAUGGCCUCGGGACGCACGUCACGGCCAGCUUCGCGGCAGGGUUCGUGGCAGCGGUGGCGUCCAACCCCGUGGAUGUGGUGAAGACGCGGGUGAUGAACAUGAAGGUGGAGGCCGGGAAGGCGGCCCCAUACAGCGGCGCGAUGGACUGCGCUGUGAAGAUGGUUAAGGCAGAGGGGCCUUUGGCGCUUUACAAAGGAUUCAUUCCCACCGUUUCGAGGCAGGGCCCUUUCACCGUUGUUCUAUUCGUCACCUUAGAACAAGUUCGCAAAUUAUUCAAAGAUCUCUGAAAUUAGUUAGUUAUGAAAAUGUGGAAUCACAAUUCUUUGAUUCUUUAUUUACGAGGAAACAUGUUUUGAAUACAAAAAAUUCACGACUUAUGAAUACAUGUAUUGUUUAUAGUGCUGAUGGCCAUGAGCUAUUGGCCUUUUUCUUUC